CGCUCUUGCUCUUGCUCCCCGCACCCGCUCCAGUACCCGCUCCGGCACCCGCUCCGGCACCCGCUCCAGCUGCUGUUCCAUGCCCGCGCCGACCGUCUCCGGCUUCAACGCAACGGCCACCGGCGUCUUCGCCACCGGCUCGCCCUGGACUCCUGAGGGCCUCUCGCUCUUCUUCUGCCAGCUGGUCAUCAUCCUGGGCGUCUGUCGGAUCAUUGCCGUGCCCUUCAAAUACAUCCAGCAGCCCAGGGUCAUCGCCGAGGUCAUUGGCGGCAUCGUCCUGGGCCCGACCCUGCUCGGCAGAUGGACCUGGUUCCAGACCACAUUCUUCCCUCCGGCCUCGAUGGCCUUCAUCAACCUGCUCGCCAACGUCGGUCUGCUUCUCUUCUUGAUGCUCAUGGGCCUUGAGCUCGAUCUCUCGCUCAUUGCCAAGAAAUGGCGAACCUCGCUCUCGAUCUCGCUCACGGGCAUGUCCAUGUGCUUUGCGCUUUCCGUCGGCGUCAGCACCUUUUUCUACCGCAACAUCGACGGUCUCUCGGGCCUGGACUUCACCAACUUUGCUCUCUUUAUCGGCGUCGCCAUGUCGGUCACCGCCCUCCCUGUGCUCGCCCGUAUCCUGGUCGAUUUGAAGUUCCUGAAGACUCCGCUGGGCACCGUGGUGCUCUCGGCCGCCAGUGUCGAUGACGCUGCUGGAUGGACCUUCUUGGCUCUGGUCACUGCGCUCCUCAACGCUUCCAGCCCCAUCGUUGCGCUCUACAUCUUCCUCUGCGCCCUGGCCUUUGCCAUCUUCCAGCUGACCGUCACCAAGUGGUGUCUCCAGAAGGUCUACGACUGGUUGACCGAUCACUACCACGGCAACACCAACAAGGGCUCUCACUCGAUCAGUGAACCCAUGGUUUUGAUUUCGUUCCUGGUCUGCCUGGCUUCGUCCUUCGUCACCAACGCCAUCGGCGUCCACGCCAUCUUUGGCGCCUUCAUCGCUGGUCUGAUCCAGCCCAGAACCAACGAGUAUCACGUCAAGCUCACUGAGCGCCUGGAAGACACUGUCACUAUGCUUCUCCUGCCUCUGUACUUUGCCUAUUCCGGCCUCAAGACCAACAUCGGCACCAUGAGCGAUGGUCUCAGCUGGCUUUCGCUCUUGAUUGUCCUCAGCUGCGUGUGUUUUGGCAAGCUGGGUGGAUGCACCGCAGUUGCUCGAUUUGCUCUCAAGUUCCAGUGGAGAGAAGCCCUUACUAUCGGCGCGCUGAUGAACACCAAGGGUCUGGUUGAAAUCAUCAUUCUGAACCUGGGUCUGGAUGCCGGCAUCAUCAACGCUAGAGUCUUCUCGAUCAUGGUGCUUCUGGCUGUUUGCACCACCAUGAUGACCACCCCACUCGUCCGCUUCUUCUAUCCCGAGAAGCUCUGGGCCGAGCGUGUCGAAGAAACCGAACCUACCUCGCCCCCCGUUCUCGACCACAAAGUUCUCAUGGUCGUCCCCGAUAUCCAAUUCGUCCCUGGGCUGAUGACUUUCAUGCAGUUCUUCAAGGGCUCCGCCUCCCCCAGCUCCAUUCCCGAGGAUGAUGCCCAAAAGCUGGUCAACGUUGAGAUGCAUGCUGCGCGCCUGAUCAACCUCACCGGCAGAAUGUCGGCCAUCUUGAUUGCUAGCGAGUCCGAGGAAGAGCUGGUCAAGCGCGACUCGGUGAUCAACGCCUUCCAGGCCUUUGCUCACCUGCGCCGCAUUCGCUUGAACCCCCAUGUCGUCGUCGCCCCCGAGAACGACCAAGCUCUGCAGCUCUCCAAGGUGGCCCAGGCCAACUCGCUCAAUGUGCUCGUGGUUCCCUGGCACCCCACCGACAUCUCCUUUGUGACCAACAAGGAUGAGACCGGGCUUUUGAGCUGGUUCACCAGCGAGAUGUCAUCCAGCGCCCCGUCCUCCGCUGGGCCCGUCAUCACCCCCAGCGCCGCCAAGAGCACCGAUGAGUUCUAUAACCCUCCUCAAGACAUUUCGAUCGAGCAGCGCAAGACCUCCAAAAACGUCGGCACCAUGGUCUACCAGCUGAUCAAGAGCUGCCCGCUCCGAAUCGCUGUCCUGGUCGACCGUGGCUUUGCCAUCCAUGUCUCCAGCGACCCCGUCAUCUCGAUCCUGGUUCCGUACUUUGGCGGCCCCGAUGACCUUGAGGCUCUCUCGCUGGCCCUCAAGCUCUCGGAGCAUCACCGCAGCGACAUCCACGUGCUCCACAUCUCGCUCCUCGACCACAGCAAGGCCGUCGAGGAUAUCCAGCCCGGUCUACACAGCAACCAGCAGCCGUCGUCCGCGACGUUGGCGGACCCCAUCCCCAGCCUCGAGAACAUGAUUGGGCUCGACCACCCCGGACGUGGCGAUAUCCUCGCCUCGCUCAAGCAGAUCCAGAGCAACGACAGCUCGCCCAUCAAGAUCCGAUACACCUCAGUCGAGGUCGAGCCCGUGCUCUUUGUCAACCAGGUCCUGAACCAGAUUCGAUCCGAGUCGUAUGCCCUGGUGAUCUGCGGCCGUACCCUGAAUGUCCCAAGCAAGACGACUGCCGCUCAGGGCGAUGGCGAAAGCAAGCACAAGACCCAGACCGAAGCCUCCUCCGUCCACGACACCGGAGCCGACCGUGCCUCCCUCGCCAGCCACCAAUCUCUGCUGAUCGGCGGCCGCGUCCCCAUGGCCGAGAAGAUCCUGGGCCCGCUCGGCGCAGCCAUCGUCAAGUCCGAUGUCGGCAACGCCGGCUUGAUUGCCGUGCGCAAAGUCAAGUCUGUGUAAGGAAGACUUCCGGGCUUUGGCCGUGCGUGCACUUUUCGCUGACUUUUGUGAAUAAGCGACCCACUCUGCACGUCAGUUCCUGGACUCGACGGGAUGGGUUGAAUCAGCCCCUAUAUCUCGUGAAUGUGUCUGCAAUCCACGUGAAGAGCCAUACUGAGCCUUUUCAGCCGCUAUGCAUAUGCGCUGGAGGGUGGAAAGAUGGUGUGUUUCUCUGCCGCAUCUCCUGCUUUUGUCUGGGUUCAAUCAAGCCGUUCCUGCCCGCCCGCGUCCUUUGCCAAAUAGGAAUGAGCGAUCGAUAGCGCCGGUUCUCGCACACAAUAUAGCAAGGAUGUGUCUUUUCGCAUUCGCCGUGAGCGACCGGUGGAAGAUGGAGGGGCAGGAGCGAGUUUGUUGUUGCAUGAAUCAUGGCUGUAUUUUGGUGUUUGUGAAUGCAAUCCGACUCUGGCGACAAUCUCUUCUCGUUACUGCACCGUGUGCAGUUCUAUAGCUC